GGUGUCAAGAGGAUGAGCUCUGAUUUCCCUUUUGAAGCAAUGAAGGCUCUCAGAGAAUUCUUGCGAGACAUCCUCCGAGACAUGAUCAUCAUCACAGAGCAUGGAAGGCGCCACACAGCCACUGUGAUGGAUGUCCUGCUGGCACUGAAGCGAAAGGGCAGG